CCCUCUCUUCCGGGCCGGGCGGCGCUGACUGCCGUGCCUGCAGCCCAGUGAGAGAGCGGCGAGGCGGGGCGAACCGAGCCCAGGAGCGGCUUCCUCAGCGCCCGCCCUCCCGCCGCCUCCUCAGCGCCAGCUCCGAGCCGCGCUGAGCCGAGCCGCACACACCCACCCGGCUCCGCUUCCCUCCGCUCCCCGGCAGCAUGGUCAUCAAGGUGUACAUCGCCUCCUCCUCCGGAUCCACGGCGAUCAAAAAGCAACAACAAGAUGUUCUAGGCUUCCUGGAAGCCAACAAAAUCGAAUUUGAGGAAAAGGAUAUUGCUGCCAAUGAGGAGAAUCGGAAGUGGAUGCGGGAGAACGUCCCUGAAGACAGCCGGCCAGCCAGUGGGAACCCGCUGCCACCGCGGCUCUUCAACGACAGCCGCUACCUCGGGGAUUAUGAAGCUUUCUUCGAAGCUCGAGAGAACAAUGCAGUAUAUGCAUUUUUAGGCUUGACUGCGCCACCUGGUUCAAAGGAAGCUGAAGCACUGGCAAAACAACAAGCGUGAAUUUCAACUGCCUUAACGUUCUGUAAAGGGAAUUUACACAGCUUUUUAUAUAAUAGUAAAACUGUCUCUGCUUCAAGAAGUAUAGAUGUGAUUUCUAACGUUUGAUUGGUGCUUGCAGCAUUCACCGUACGUAACACAAAUUUCAACACGAGAUGAAAAUGUGAACGCAAAGGUAGAAAGCAUGGGGUGUACUAUUACAAAGUUAUAAGCAUAGGAAACGGAAGCAAUUGGACGUGAAUGGUUUUCACACAGUUUAAAUUGGCUUGGCGAUUUGUCCAUUUUGUGUAAAGAUCAAGAAGCUAUUUUAAUACAGAUGUGGUUGUACCUAGGAAUCCGACUAUUUAAAGUGUAAGAAAAAGAAAAGCAACAGUACCUAAAACCUUGUCAGAUACGAGCUUUAGUGCCUGAGUUGCCUCAAAAAUGUUACUGAAACACACAGUUUUUCAGUGUCUUUAAAUUCAGAUGGAAUUGUAGGUGGUGGCGUGUAUUAUAACCAUUGUAGUCACUGUUGAAAGUUAUGUUUGUUCUUUUGUAGGAUGGAUAUUUAAGAUUUGUAUUGUAACACACUGUACAGAUGAUAAAAAAAAUAAUAGGUCAUGUAUUUCUCAUUAAGUGAUUUGUAUGGGCUCUUCUGACAAAGAAAAAGAGAUGUAGGGCACUGGACAGCCUUUCUGUUGGCGGGUUCAUCACAGCUGCCUAAGCGUGACUUGGUUACACGUUUAUGUGCAAGAUUCGGUGCACCUCAAAGAAAUACAUGCUGAUUCCCAGGCAAUGUUGCAAUUAAGCCAAAAUGGCCAGAAGUGGCAUUUCCUUACCUGUGUAAGGGUGAACGCCUUUAAUGUAUAUCUCUACAAAAAAUACCAGUUCACACUGCUUAUGGUAUUAGGCGUCUUAAUGCAUGCUCAAGUAGUUGUUAGAUUCAUAUAGUAUUUUUUCAAAUGAGUAAAGUUACAUGCUUGAAUAGCAGGAACUAUUGUAAUUAUCCAAGAUUUUUUUUUUAAGGUUUGAAAGCUUAUUUCCAUUGCUGUUGCCAUAUCAUCAAGCUAUUACAGGAAUUGCGAACCCAUUAAAGUGUCUUGUAUUGGUGAAUUUACCACGUGCAAUAUUAACCUGUCUGUUCUCCCAGUGCUCAUGAGAUAGCCUGAAUUUCUUGGCCACGUUCUGCAAAAAUGCAGAUAAUUACAAGUGCCCUGAAGGAUAAGAACCAGGUUUAAAAAACAUGUGAGCAAUUUAAAAUGCAUUAUGCACCACAUAAUGUACUUAUCCCCCCAAAGCAUCAAAAUACAGAAAGGUAAUUAGUCCUUGCUAUAGUUAGAGGAUCAUUCUAAUAGCUCUGCAUACACACACGUUGAUUUUCUUUGCUUUAUGACGAAAUGGGUGGUGCAGCUCAGCAAAAGACUGCAGUGUAUCAUCGCGGUGCGGCUGUUUCCCAUUUAUGCUGUGAAAUGUAUGCAGUGCUUUUCAGAGACAUUACAGAAUGGUUUACAGUUUGAAAUUCUCCCAUUAGGAACAGGAUAGAAGUAAAAACUCAGGCUUACGAAGAUGGUUUAAAGUGCAGUAAUUAAAUACUUCCCUCACUGACGGUUCUUUGGGGCUUUUGUUCACUCACUGAAACCAAUGAUUUUGUCAAUAUCUGUGAACAGAAAUGCAGCUACUUGCUGUGGUUGGAGAGCAGCUCUGCUUCUGGAGAGAUCACGUUGAGGCUUCUACAGGUAUCAGAGAGCAGGAUGUAGCAUGGAGCCAGGUUAGGAGCCAAGAUAUGUACAUUUAUUUCAUGUUUCAUUUUUUCUGAUUUGGGAGCCAGAAGGUUGGCUUGAAGCUUAAAAAUGCAAGCACACACAUUACACACAGAUAGAUUAAUGUUGCCUUACCUUCCAAAUUUACACACACAUCUGUGCUUUCUUUAGUCACAAGCUUUAUCAGUAAUUACCGAAUGUCUGUGAAAUUUACUCUUAAGAUCCUCUGAGUGUGUAAGUUGAGUAUUGUUUUAAGGUUAGCGUCUUGUCUUUGUUCGCUGUCAUUUCAUCUUUCAGAACAGAGGUGAUUUUUCUUUCUCCAUAUCUGUGUAAUCUUUUCCUAUGUCUAAACUGAAGGCCAAGUUUUUGAGAAGGUAUUUAAGAAUCCUGAGUGAAGUCUUGUGAAGAAAGUGGAAUCUGACACGCAAGUCAGUAUCCUCGUUCCAAUUUCCCAUGUUUCCUGUGUAAGGAAAGUAAGUGCUGUGAAUUACAGUCAUUAUUUGGAAGAAUCUGUAAUUGAAAGUCACUGCCAAAUUCUGUCAGCUCAGCGACCCAGAACAUUCUGCAAUGAGGUCAGCCUUGUUUCUGAUGGUCAAGAGAAUUACCAGGUUAAAAAAGCAAACGCGCUUUCCUCGUCUGGUCCCCCAUCUUCGCCAUAUGGUAGCGUUCAAACUGUAUCAGCAUUCCUAAGCGAGCUCUGUUGAGACAGACUGAAUCACGUCUUUGUCCAGGGAACAAGGCACCAACGCACACUGAAAAAUGCCUGUAAUAUCUUUGUUGUGGGACCGUGCGUGGCAGUUUUGAUGCGGACAUCAUGUUUGAAUAUGGGAGUGCUAUGAAGGCGUUGCCUCCAUGUUUCUAGUUCACAUACCUGAGUUAACGAUGGGCACAAGGACUGAGUUUGUUGGUGUCUCAUGUUUGUUUUAUGAUGUAGAUGGCAGGCAAUGAGGACUUUUUCCUUGUAAAAUGCAUUACUAACCAUUCCUGUAUCAUUCCAAUAAAACAGUUUUAGAACGCUUUCUCACACUA